AUGACUGAUUUUAUGGUGGUGACGGUGGAUAGAUUGGUUCAUGUUCUGGCUUCCGGGGUGUUCUUUAGCGGGUUUAUGAAGGAUUUCUUCUGUCUACCUCGGCCGCUGUCCCCGCCGUUACAUCGGAUUACCAUGUCCGGCUCAGCGGCCCUCGAAUACGGUUUCCCAUCAACCCACAGCACCAACGCCGUCUCCGUCGCUCUCUACUCCCUCCUCGUCCUUCGCGAUAACCCAUCAAUCCCCGACAACCAACGUAUAAUCUACAUAGUCCUUGCCGCUCUUUACGCCACAUCCAUCGUAUUCGGCCGAGUUUACUGUGGUAUGCAUGGAUUCCUCGAUGUGGUCGUCGGUUCGAUCCUCGGUGUUAUACUUGCGCUUGCAGAGUGGGUAUACGGACCUCUUACGAACCAAUGGGUGUGGUAUGGAACUUGGGUUGCGCCGGUGACGGUGACGUUGGCUAUUCUUAUGUUUGUGAGGAUUCAUCCGGAACCGGCGGAUCCGUGUCCUUGUUUUGAUGAUGGAGUUGCGUUUGCUGGUGUGGUUGUUGGGAUUGAAGUUGGACAAUGGCAUUAUUCGAAGACUUCAUUUGGGUGGAAUACGCCCGUGCCCGCUACAGUGCCGUAUUCAUUUCAAUCCGUCGGGUUGGUAUCAACAGCUUUGAGAUUCGUGAUGGGGGUGGCAAUAAUCUUCAUAUGGAGGGAAGUGGCGAAGUCAGUUUUGUUAAGGUAUUUACCACCUUUGUUCCGGUUUAUUGGAAGAAUUGGAUUGGUUCUGCCCAGAAGACAUUUUAUCGAUGCGAGGGAAUAUAAAAGCGUUCCGUCGCAUUUGCCGGAUGAGACGAUUCCGCCGAUCGGACAGCUGCCGAGGAUGAUUAGGCGCGGGAGGUCGGAUAGUGUCGGGCCUCAGAGUGCGGCGGAUGCCUAUGAAACAUUGGCUUUUAGAGAAAGGAAGAGAAGAGAGAGUUUGGGACAGGAAGGGAUGAGCCCUGGGUCUAGAUCACCGGUUAGGUCGCCACUAGGACAGGAGAAUGGGAAUAAUAAUGUUAAUAACUCAUUGGGGGGUUACGUACAACAACAACAGCAACAGAGGUUGAAGGAAGAGGAAGAGAAGGCUUCUGAAGAAACUUAUGAGAAGCAGGAGAGGGAUAUGUUGAGUCAGAUUGAAAAACCUAGGGUUAGGUACGAUGUAGAGGUCGUGACGAAGUUGCUGGUUUAUAGCGGAAUUGCAUGGUGGGCUGUCGAGGGUACUCCCAUUCUAUUUGAAUUGGUGGGGCUUGGUGCCGGUCAACCGGGCGCCGAUAAAUAA